AUGGAGCCACCGAAGGGCGCCGACCCGCGAGAGCUCAUUAAAGAGGUUGAGGUGCCCCAGGCUGCCCUGGGUGUCCCAGCCCAUGGCCCGGGGGGUGGCUGCCACACACCUGUGACAGAAGAGGAGGUAGGCAUCCCCAUACCUGUGCCAGGACUUCUGCAGGUCACAGAGCGGAGACAGCCCCUGAGCAGCGUCUCCUCCCUGGAGGUGCAUUUCGACCUCCUGGACCUCACAGAGCUGACGGACAUGUCAGACCAGGAGCUGGCCGAGGUCUUCGCUGACUCAGACGACGAGAACCUUGCUAACGACUCCCCAGCAGGCCUGCACCCACUGCCGCGGGCUGGCUGUCUCCGAUCCCCAUCCUGGACCCGGGCAAGGGCUGAACAGAACCGUGAGAAGCUGCCCCUCAGCGACCCGGAGCGGCCCUCUGCCACCACCACAGAUACUUUCCUCAGCGUGGACAGGCCCCAGGAGGACUAG